AUGUCGACUAAAGCCACCUUGUCACCAGAUGCCUAUGUGGCCGCCGGCACGCCUCUGAUAGUCCUCUGUGCGGUCUUUGUGGCCCUGCGAUGCUUGAUGAAUCUCAGAGUGCAUAGAAAACUUCUCAUUGCCGACUAUCUCUCCUGGCUCGGAUUCGCCUUCGUGACAAUCGCCUUUUCUAUGAACGAUAUAAUAAUACAGCGAUUCGUGAGCCCAAUGGACUCCCUGAACUGGCUCAACCGCAUGGCGGUGGUCAUCACAGUGCUCAUUGCCUUCGAGCUCUGGACGACCAAGGUUCCGAUCCUCCUGGUCUAUGUGAGCCUCUUUGGCAUCCGGAAGUGGCUGCGCUGGACCUGCUAUGCCUGUAUAGCCGUCUCGGGCGUUGCAUACAUUUGCGUUAUGGCGCCCACUUUCAUGCGUUGCAACCCCAGCAUCACCGCGGCAACCUUGGAAGAUCUAGAAGUGUGUACAACAGGCACUACACUCACUGGAGUGCUCUCGGGAUUUAUUGCGCUCGCUGAGGACGUGUUGAUAUUCAGCUUGCCCAUGCCCCUCGUGCGAACGCUGCAUCUGCCCCGUCAGAAGAAGCUGGCGGUCAUGGCGGUGUUUUUUUCAGGGAUUCUUGGUAUUGCUGCCUCGAUUGCAUCCUUGUAUUUUAAAUGGAGCGCCUACAAGGGUACGGUGUCAGAUACUCUGGCUACUAUGCUCUGCGCGGUCAUUGAAGGAACCAUCGCCAUCAUGAUCGGUUGCGCCUCCUCAGUGAAACAAUUCUGGAGUACAAUGGUGCAUCCCCUCCUCCCCUCGUGCUCCCCGACACGGCACCAGCCGGCCGACUAUUCGUCCUCCUCGAUGCCGCAACAAUCCCGGGGUUUGCUGCGCUACAAGAAGAUGGGUGUCUCCGAGGUGGAUCUGGCGCCGUUACAACCGGAAAGGAUUUCGGGUGCUAGUCAGAAUCCUCUACCUAGUUCUGUCGUGGGGCUGAUCUCUGUUUGAUUCUGAGGCUAGCAUCCUGGGUAAAAUAGUGUGUACGGAGUACUGCAUGUCAUCUGUCAGAUGAGGGGGGCCAUAACAGAGCCUGGAAGGUGAACCUGUUCACUGAUCUAGACCCGCUUACAUGCAACAAGCCACUUUUUACAUGGUAGGCAUCCCUAAUAUGUAGUAGUUAUAGCCUGAGUACAACAGCGAAUCAUGUUCGUUCAUUAUAUGGACUACUGUUUGCCCUCCCCCCCUACAACCAACAGCCCUAUCUUGUUGGUGGGCA